AGGAAACCGUCAACAGUAACUGUGAUUGCCAAGUUACAGUUCUGAGGUCUUCCUACGAUUCCGGAAUCGUUCGGCGGUUGAAUCUGUGGUGGUGCGUCCUCGCAGCUAUCACCUAUCCCUCUCUGCCUACGUGUUCCUUUCUAUCAGUGUCACCAUGGCGACUUCCGUAUCGGCUGCGGCGGAGUCGGCCGUGAAAAAGCUCGCGCGUCUUCCUGCGAAUACGUGUUGUCCGAACUGUGGGACACAGAAAAAGUUUGGUUUCGGGACGGUUUGCAUCAAAUACUUGACGUUCGUAUGCGAUGCCUGCAAAACAUCGCACCAGGCCAUUUCGCACCGCUGCAAAUCCCUCACGAUGAGUAGCUGGACGAUGGAAGAAGUGCUCUUGUUGAAAAAGAAUGGCAACGAACGAGCACGCGCGACUUGGCUAGCGACGGCACCGCCGGUGGGACAAGGCGGACGUCCUCAGCAGGGUGAUCCCAUUGAGACUUUCAAAGCGUUUGUUGUCAACGCAUACGAACACAAAAGCUACUACGGAAAUGGGGGUGAUGAUGCCGCGGUAUCCCCGGCGACUCCAGAAUGCCGCCCAGCUGUCGCCAGUGCCCCACGCGUGGUGGCGCCACUGCCUCCCGCGCAACCCGCUGCUCCACCAGCGAUGGCGGCGCCUACUGUUGAUUUGCUCGAUUUUGGAGGAGCCUUGGAUGCACCGGCACCGCCCGUAGCUCGAGACAGCAACAACUUGUUUGACCCUUUUGGUACCACAACGCAAUACAGAUCGUCAAACCCCCUACCGUCGGAUCCAUUCGGAGGUUCUCAAAUGUCCAGCGUCUCCACUCCGGUACCGGCAUCGACAUCUACGGCGGGGCCCUCGUUCGAUCCGUUCGGCAGUAGUGUUUCGAGUACCACAGCAAAUUCCUCGGUCCAUCACAAGCAACAGACUGGGAAUGGGUUUGUUCCCUCUGCUAGCCUUCCAUCCAGUACCACGACAUUGUCCACGUUUGAUCCGUUCGCCUCGAACGGCACACUGCACGUACCGGGUAGCCUGGGUGGUCCGACUUCUGAUCCUACACCAGUGCUGAAAAGAAAUGUCAACUCGGGCGCGGACACUGGUUCGAUCCACUCUAGCAAUAUUGGCAUGUCAGCAAUGACAAGGAAUUUUGCGGCUACUAAUCUGAGCAACAAUAGUAUGAAUAUGAUGCAAUCCGGUGUGGCUCCCAUGCACACAAUGAAUUCCAACAUGAUGGGACAUCAGCACCCGACUAAUUUUUUGACGAGUGGGAGUUCCAAUGCUGGUAUGAAUGUGAUGGGCGGAAUCAGCAACAGCACCAUGAGCAUGCUGGGAGGACAAACAAUGACGAACGGUAAAGGAUGCAACUGGAGCGGCACAAUGCCGAUGAGCGCCAAUACAGGAAAUCACUAUGGGGGCGUUGGAAUGUUACAGUCACAGCAGCACCAGUCAUCCACAUCGCACUCGCCAGGAGUUUCGACCAAUCGCAUUUCGCAAGACUUUGGCCCGAUCAAUGUCAAAACAUCCAACAACAAUGAUCCCUUUUCGGAUUGCAAAUACUAAAAGCAUAAGAAUAUUACAUACGCACCAUUGCGAAG